GUCACGUUCGAGCACUCUCACGCUGUACGAGACCUUCUGCACCAUCGCUGACACCCUGCAUGAGAAGUAGUCCUCACUGACGGUCGCUGGCUGUAGCCCCCUUUGCCAUGGAGGACAGUGACCAUGAGGUUCAGCCAUCUCUGGAUGAGCAGGACUGCCUCCCUGUCUCCCCGUACCCCACCCAGGGUCAUGAUGCUGACCAGCAUUCGAGCCCCUCCGACGACUCCGAGGUGGAGAACAUUAUGCAAGACCCCUGUCGCCAUGUAGAACGUGAGCACCUUGACCGUGACCUUGACCACAGUCCACAGCAGCACGAGGCCCUGGAUGCAGAAUGGGACUCUGCAGGCCAAGACCUCGCCCACACGCCGUCGUAUUUGCGCCCCCCUGUGGCGGGUAGUGCCCAGUCCGAGUCCGGUUUCGAGGCCAGUUUGCCGCCGUGCAAAAGUGUGGCCUUUGACUUGCCCUCGCCCGUCAGGCCCAAAAGUCCAUGGGCACGUUUUGACCCUUACAACAAUAAUGAGGAUCAGGACAAGGAGUACGUAGGCUUUGCGACGCUGCCGAACCAGGUGCACCGCAAGUCGGUCAAGAAAGGAUUCGACUUCACAUUAAUGGUGGCAGGGGAGUCUGGCCUUGGAAAGUCCACACUGGUCAACAGUCUCUUCCUCACGGAUCUUUACAGAGACAGGAAGCUGCUCAAUGCUGAAGAACGCAUCAUGCAAACAGUAGAAAUCACCAAGCACACUGUUGACAUAGAAGAAAAAGGAGUCAAGCUGAGGCUGACCAUAGUGGACACUCCAGGGUUUGGGGACGCUGUCAACAACACAGAAUGCUGGAAGCCGGUGGCCGACUACAUCGACCAGCAGUUCGAGCAGUACUUCAGGGACGAGAGCGGUCUGAACCGCAAAAACAUCCAGGACAACCGCGUGCACUGCUGCCUCUACUUCAUCUCCCCCUUCGGUCAUGGUCUCAGGCCUCUGGACAUGGAGUUCAUGAAAGCCCUGCACGAGAAGGUCAACAUUGUCCCGGUGUUGGCCAAAGCGGACACGCUCACCCCGAGCGAGGUCAAGAAGAAGAAAAUAAAGAUCAGAGAAGAGAUCGAUCAGUACGGCAUCAAGAUAUACCAGUUCCCUGACUGUGACUCCGAUGAGGAUGACGACUUUAAGCAGCAGGAUCACGAGCUGAAGGAAAGCAUUCCAUUUGCCGUGAUUGGCAGCAACACGGUGGUGGAAGCCAAAGGGAAGCGGGUGCGAGGUCGCCUCUACCCUUGGGGGAUCGUAGAAGUGGAAAACUCGGCGCACUGCGACUUUGUGAUGUUGAGGAACAUGCUGGUCCGCACUCACAUGCAGGACCUGAAGGACGUGACCCGGGAAUGCCACUACGAGAACUACAGAGCCCAGUGCAUCCAGAGCAUGACCCGCAUGGUUGUCAAGGAGCGCAACCGCAAUAAGCUAACCAGGGAGAGCGGCACCGACUUCCCCAUCCCAGGCGCGGGCGACGGCAUGGACAACGAGACGGAAAAGCUCAUCCGAGAGAAAGAUGAGGAGCUGCGGCGGAUGCAAGAGAUGCUGCAGAGGAUUCAGGACAAAAUGCACACUCAGAAGGACGCCUACUGACACCCCGUGUCGUCCUCGUGAACUUUGACCUCAUCAGCCGCCCGUCAUGCACUCAGGAGGACGAGGUAAGAACGCUGGAGCCUCCGCCUUGUAAAUAAUAAGGAAACAAAAACGAGGGCGUCGUCUGAUUCAUACAACUGUAUUUGAAGGUCUGCUCUCGUUUUCAAGCAAACCCUUUUUUUGGUGCAGGUUAUUUUUAAUUAUCACUAUAGGUCAACAUGAAUUAUAUAAAUUACAUUUUUUAUGACACCCAAAUAUAUAUAUAUAUUUUUUUUCCAUUUUGUUUAACAACACUGUUGUUAAUCUGCUUUGUAUGAGUUGAAUGUUUGGACCAAUGUGUUAGUGCGUCUGUGUCACAUUAGUAGGGACCAACAGCUUAUGUUGUAUUAGAAAAUAUAUUUUUGCAUUCCAACGUACGUAAAUGUACUAAAAUGAGAUGUGCAUCAUUUGUUAUCAAACCUUGAUCGCUAAAAUACAAUUGUAUAAAUCUGGCUGAUGCAACACUGUAAAAUCAGCACCAAUGUCUUGGAUUCUUUGUUUGCAUCGGAUACUUGUUGCUAGGCAGACUUUAUCAAUCUCAAUCGUAACUGCCCAUUAUGUCAAUAUAAAAAAGAGGAAAUGACUCAGAAUAAAGGGGAACUGCACUUUUUUUUUACCAAUUUGCCAAUCAUUUACAAUCUUUAUGUAAGACUACAACACAUCUUUCGUUUUUCAUGCAUUCUAAUUUGUAAUAUAUGACAAGUUUGAGGUGGCUGACAAUAAAGCUAAUGAUAGUACUAUAUUAAGCUCAUAAAGCACUCUUAAAAAACACCAACAAUACUACAUUUACAUCUCGUGACCUGAUUAUUAACCAAGCAUUAGUGAUAUUGUUAUUAUAAGCGCUAACGCAGGGAAUUAUUUUUAGUUGCGCCUUGAUCAGAGAGCUAAAUAGCUUAUGCAGCUAUUGACAUAUUGAGCUGUUGAGCUACUGCAUCGCCUCUGAUUUGGUAAAAGUUAAUUCUAGAUUAUAAAUCAUGCCUCUCACUUGGAUAGUAGAAGGUUAUGGCCAUAAACCGGGAAGUUGGGCAACUUUGACUUAAACUUAGACUCCGAGUUGGCGAGAAAGAAAAGAAAAGAUGUGCCAGCCUUUCUUUUUCUUACCUGCAUGAGGAUUAUGAUUCUUCAUCUAAACGGAAAGAUAUAAACAUCCCAUCAGUCAGCAUUACAGUGAGAGCAGACAUUGUACAGUAAGAUAUUGUUUUAUUAUGUUCGUAGUUUGUAUUUCUUGAUUAGCACUUAGCAAUACUGCUACUUGUUGGGUCUGCUUAUCACUAAGCUUCUAAAAUGUGUAGCUCAUCUUCUGUAUAUUCAGGCUCAAAAAUAUAAGUACUUGGAUUUUUCCCCCCCAAAUAAGUCUUUGUUGGCUCCCAUGAAGACGUUAAAGGAAAAAGCCAACUUUGUGAUGUCUGUCAAAUUAAUACGCAGCCGUAUGUUUAAAAGGAACAAAAUACGUAAAUAUUACAUGUUAUUAUGAAUGUGUCUGUUACUACAUUACUUAUAUACUUACAGCUUGUACAGUAAAACAAUGAUGGAGGUUUUAAAAUGUUUUUAGAGCGCUUUGUAGGUGGAGUAGAGCGACUCCGCAACCUCUUUUUCAUUGUUAUCUGGCUUUUGCUAACUUGUAUUUGCGAGUUGGAAUUCAUACAAAGAAAAACGUGUGUGCUUGUCUCACAUAAGGAUUGUGGAUGAUCAGCAAAAUUACCCCCCAAAAAUGCAGUUCCCCUUUAAUCAGUGCUCUGUAUUGAAUAUAAAAUACACACAUUGCCAUUGUUACUGUAAUAAUGUAAAAACACUUGAGCCUGGUGAUGGCAAACGGCUUACUCGUGUUAUUUGUCUACUGUACAAAUAUUAUUUAUGGGCAUUGAAACAAAGUAUAAUGGGCUUAAAUAUAUGCAGGCAAUGAUCUUUUUGAUGAUUGGAACUUUAAUUAUCGCCUUAACGUACACUAAUACUAACAUUUUUGUCAACAUCCUGGAAUACUUAGCAUUAUAUGAUUUUAUAAAGUUAACCUUUUUAUGCUUGAUUUUCAAAACGUUUUGAGAACAAACCUCAUUUGUUGCAAUAUUUUGUCUUUCUGUUCUGAAAUCAGCCAUUAUGUUUGCCUGUCUUAUCAUUUGUUGUUCUACACUUUGGAGUAUGUUAUGUUCUAAAUGUACAAAUGCAAAUUGGAUGGCUGAGAAGAAAUAUGCAAACAAUUCUGACAUGACAAUAAAAAAUACAAAAUAUUGUAUAAUUUAA